GUGUACACGCGCGAAUUCUUAAAAAUCAUCCCGAGGAAAACAUACCGCGUCGUCUUUCGAAUUUUCACCGAUUUCCUCACAAUUGAAAUUUGAUCAAGUGAUCGAUCUAGUGUUAAUUGAAUUUUCUCUCAUUUUCGUAUUUAACAAAGAGCUAAGGGACUAAAGAAGAGCUCUAUUCUGCCCAAAAUGCACAAUUUUCGUUUGGUUUUUAACUAGUGCACAACGACUUACUGCUGGUGUUCGCCUUUGCUCCACGUAUGGGCCUAAGCCUAAAAUAGUUUAUCUCAGUGGAAAUGGCUGAGCCUGAGGAUCAUAACAAGGAAGAGAAGAUUUCUUCAGCACUGCCACUGAUAAGUUCGAACUCAGCACACCACUUGGAUUUCCCUAGAGAAACCCCUAUAUGUAGGAGAAGUCCAAAGAAAGUCAGGGCAUCCUCAGACAUGUCAGAAGAGAUAUCUUACGCAACACCUGUUGUUGAGUUCACACGAAUUGUUCCUCGGGAUGAAGUUUACGGUACACCAGCAGUCAGUUCAAACAGUCUAAGUAAGUUUUAUAAGGAGGCUAUGGCCGAUGAAGACUCUGGCUAUGGAUCACCAGGAAUGCUCGUCGAACAUGCUGGACGACCUUGUAAAAUGGGGUUGGAGAAGCUGGACAUUAUAACAGAGUUGAAACAUCAUGAACCAGCCUUGCUGAAUAAGAUCACAAGAGAACUCAGUGAUGGGGAUAUUGUAAGAUUCAGCUGUGUUUGUCAAGAGUGGAGGAACAUUGUCAAAUUUAGCCCCAUGGCUGCAUUGAGGAAAAAAUGUUUUCUCCUUGAGACACCUAAGCCGACAAAAGAUGUCAAGGAGAACUACCCAAAGCAGCCUUUCCUGCGUGAUACAGUCAGUGCAGCCACACCACUUGGGGAAGUUCAACGACUCGGUGAGCCUCAAGCCUCAAGUACACCAGCUCCGAGACUGAGUAACCAUGACAAGUUCCGUCAGGCCUCAGAAUCUCUCCUAGCUGAUGAAUCCCUAACCAAGUGUGCCAAAGACGCCUGCCAGUCACCCGCAAAAUUACUCAUGAACGGUCAGCGAGCUCAAUGCAUGCGUUGUGGCUAUGACUUCUGUACCAACUGCCGUUGUGAGUUCCAUGUGAGUUCUGUCUGCCCUGCCUUCCGAGAGAAGAAUUCUGCGAAGAAGAAGAACAGUAUUGGGAGUGGUAAGAGCAAGAGGAGUUUGAGGAGAUUAGCACGGUUGGAAAGCUACCCUUGAAACAGAUUUGAGCUUCCAUACCAAAUCCGAUUGCUUUCUAUCGUGUGGGCUGAUAGGCAGUAAAGUUUUCUGUCAUUGCCUACUGCUUGACAAUCUGUCACAUUUUGAGAAAAUGUCGGGCUGCACUUGUUGGUGCUAACUUUAAGCCCGAUCAAGAAUGUUUCAAGUGCUUUUGCACUUAUGGUCUUGUUGCAUUUGCCACACAGACCAUGGGAUGUGUGUCAACAAAAAUUGUCAUUAAGCCAACUUUUGUCAGGCAAAGCUAAAGUGAUCAGUUAAUUGGGCAAACACAAAACAAGAGCAGGUCAUGUCAAUAUCUGAAGCAAUUCUGUGUAGAUACCAAUGCAGCUCCAAUAAAUUUUAAGAUUUAUAGCCUUGUCUAUUUUCUCUUAUAAAUGUAAAUCUCAGUAAUAAUUCAGUUUUAGUCAAUCUUUUUUGGGGGUAAAUUUUCGUAAUUUAAGUACUUGCACAUAGUUUUGUAAAUGACUAAUGCUGUAUUCAGAGAUUUGGGAAUUGAACUGAAAUAUGCAUUCCACUUUUGUAAAUGUAAAUACAUGUAACUAUAAAGUGACAUUGUAAAGUUUUUUGAUAAGACCAAAUCAAGAUGUAAUUGAUUGUAAUUUAAAUUUAAAAUAACCAAGUUGCGGUCCAAAGUUUUAAUGGUAAAAUUUUUGUAACUGUAAGACUUGUGGGAAUAAGACUUUCCAAACUGAGACAGGUGUUUUCCUUCCUUGCUAUUGGCCAAGUGACAGUAUAACUUCAUAUGUACCUUUGGGAUACCUUUCACUAGUUGUGAGUGUACAAGAAAUUUCACAGAACUGCAUUUUGCUACUCACAAUAUGCACACUGUUCUAAUUCAUAACGCCAAUUCUUAACAUAUGGCAAUUUCAUUGGAUAUGCCCAUAUAUUUGGGUCUUUCCUCCAAUUGUUCCUUGCCAUUUUCCUAAAUUUCUUCCUUCGUCAGAAACAUUCCCAUUACUGUCUUCCAGCUGAGAAUUUCAUCCAGCAUUUUUUCAAUUGACUUUCCUCAGUCCACAAUUCGGUACCAUACAUUUGCAUUUUGAUGACAUUUGGAGUGAAUCUUGUGACAAAUACACGAACAUGUAGUACAAGUCUGACGAUAGCUAGUGUAAUGAAUGUAAAUUGAGCUUUAUUCUAAAAACAAAGUUGCUUUUGAAAUCAUUACAAUUUCAGUCAUGAAACCCAUGACGUCUGGAACCACAUAUUACGCAUUUACAAAUGUUGGAAUAUUUGGGGGGUGUGAAUUCAAACAUGGCUUUGACUGGAGGCAGUUGACGUUUUUUAAUGCUGUAAAUCUUACUAACUAGCUCCAGUGCUGGUAAUAUAAACUGAAAGGACAACAUUCUGCUCCAUGGAGUUUUUAUUCAAGAAACUGUACUGUGUUCACACCUUCAUGUACCUGCUCGUAUAUGAAAAUAACGUGACAGCUUCCAUCCUAUCGAUUAAAAACUCUUUUAUUGAAAAUCAAUUGA